GGUAGCAACAGCGGCGGCGGCGGCGGCGGCCGGCCGGGAGGGCGCAGGUAUUUGGGACGCGGAUGCCCUUCGCGCCGGCUGUCGAGUGGGCAGCGUGGGAGCUCGCCCGGGCGCCCGGGGCCAGGGGGCCGCGUCGGGGGCCGCGGGCGUCCGAGACCUUCUGCCGCUUCGCCCCGCGCCGCUGCUUCGGCUUUCCGGCGAGGUGGGAGACCUUCCUCCCCGCCGGCCGACUUCCGAAGAGACCCUUAUUUUCCCACCACCGAGGUUGAGAGACUCUGCAAUCGAAGCAUCCGAGGAGGUGAGGGGAACCGUCACCAACUCCUCGGGGCUGGCCAGGUUCCCCUGUGGGAGCGGGAGACCACGCUGGAGCAUCUCACUGAGGUGCAGGAAUGGAAGAAGCCACCUUGCGUCCUGUCUGCCGUGUUGCCUGCCUGACCCACCCUUAGGAAUGAAGAGGAGUCUGGUAAUAACCCCAUGAGGUUCUGAAAGCCAAAUGGCAAGGGAAAUAUCACCGGCCAUAAACCAGUGAUCGUUUGGGGGCCACACGUUUCUGAAUGUAAUUGAACAAGCGUGAAGGGGGUGCCCUAUCAAAAAGCACAGCACGCCUUUAAGAGGAGGAAAAUUGAAAUUCCCCCCUUUUUGGCCAAGAUUUCGAAGACUGUUCAAUGUAUUGUACGUUUGGUAUAAGAUGAGAACUUUAUAAAAUCUUGUGCCCAAGAGCGUAAACAAUGACUACCCCAGCCCUGCUGCCCCUAUCUGGACGAAGGAUACCACCUCUGAACUUGGGGCCGCCUUCCUUCCCACAUCACAGGGCUACCUUGAGACUUUCGGAGAAGUUUAUCCUCCUCCUCAUUCUAAGUGCCUUCAUCACCCUGUGUUUUGGGGCAUUCUUCUUCCUUCCAGACUCUUCAAAACACAAACGCUUUGAUCUGGGUUUGCAAGAUGUGUUAAUUCCUCAUGUAGAUGCCAGCAAAGGGGCUAAAAAUCCUGGAGUCUUCCUGAUUCAUGGACCCGAUGAACAUAGACACAGGGAAGAAGAGGAACGCUUGAGAAAUAAAAUUCGAGCUGAUCACGAGAAGGCCCUGGAAGAAGCAAAAGAAAAAUUAAAAAAGUCGAGAGAGGAAAUCCGAGCAGAAAUUCAGACAGAGAAAAUUAAGGUAGUCCAGGAAAUGAAGACAAAAGAGAAAAAGCCACUGCCACCAGUCCCUAUACCAAACCUUAUAGGAAUAAAUGGUGGAGAUCCAGAAGACAAUGACAUAAGAAAGAAAAGGGAAAAAAUUAAAGAGAUGAUGAAACAUGCUUGGGAUAAUUAUAGGAUAUAUGGAUGGGGACAUAAUGAACUCAGACCUAUUGCAAAGAAAGGACACUCCACUAAUAUAUUUGGAAGUUCACAAAUGGGUGCUACCAUAGUAGAUGCUCUGGAUACCCUUUAUAUCAUGGGACUUCAUGAUGAAUUCCGAGAUGGGCAAAAAUGGAUUAAAGACAACCUUGAUUUCAGUGUGAAUUCAGAGGUGUCUGUGUUUGAAGUCAACAUUCGAUUUAUUGGAGGCCUACUUGCAGCAUACUACCUUUCAGGAGAGGAGAUAUUCAAGAUUAAAGCAGCUCAGUUGGCUGAGAAACUCCUUCCUGCCUUUAACACACCUACUGGGAUUCCCUGGGCAAUGGUGAAUCUAAAGAGUGGAGUGGGGCGAAACUGGGGUUGGGCAUCUGCAGGUAGCAGCAUUCUUGCUGAAUUCGGCACGUUGCAUAUGGAGUUUGUCCACCUCAGCUACUUGACAGGGGACCCGGUAUACUACAAAAAGGUCAUGCACAUUCGGAAACUACUUCAGAAAAUGGAUCGUCCAAAUGGUCUUUAUCCAAAUUAUUUGAACCCCAGAACGGGUCGCUGGGGUCAGUAUCAUACAUCAGUUGGCGGGCUGGGAGACAGUUUUUAUGAAUACUUACUGAAAGCAUGGCUGAUGUCAGACAAAACAGACCAGGAGGCGAGAAAAAUGUACGAUGAUGCUAUUGAGGCUAUAGAAAAACAUCUUAUUAAGAAAUCCCGUGGAGGUCUUACCUUUAUUGGAGAAUGGAAGAAUGGGCACUUGGAAAAGAAGAUGGGGCAUUUGGCUUGUUUUGCUGGGGGGAUGUUUGCACUCGGAGCAGAUGGUUCCAAGGACAAAGCCGGCCAUUAUUUAGAGCUAGGAGCGGAAAUUGCACGUACAUGUCAUGAGUCAUAUGACAGAACUGCAUUGAAGCUGGGUCCCGAAUCCUUCAAGUUUGAUGGCGCAGUAGAGGCCGUAGCGGUCCGGCAGGCUGAGAAGUAUUACAUCCUGCGUCCAGAAGUCAUCGAAACCUACUGGUACCUGUGGCGGUUCACUCACGACCCGCGAUACAGGCAGUGGGGCUGGGAGGCAGCGCUGGCUAUUGAAAAGUAUUGUCGCGUCAGUGGUGGAUUUUCUGGGGUGAAGGAUGUGUACUCUUCUACUCCUGCACACGACGAUGUACAGCAGAGCUUCUUUCUUGCUGAAACAUUAAAGUAUUUGUAUCUGCUGUUCUCCGGCGAUGACCUUUUACCUUUAGACCACUGGGUGUUUAAUACAGAGGCUCAUCCUCUGCCUGUGUUGCAUUUAGCCAACACCACACUUUCAGGAAAUCCUGCUGUUCGAUGAAAGCAGCUCCGGAAAGACCAUUCUCACCUGUGUUUUGUUUACAUGGACCACUACAGAAGUUAGUCUGGAGAGGGGACUUUUGAAAACUUGGACCUCUGAAGUCCACGUGGCAGGGCGGAACAUGACUCCCCAGAAGACUUGUCCACUUGUACAUAUCUCAGCUUUGAAAUAAUUCCAUUUUGUACCUGACCAAAACAUACUCGGGUAUGUGUCGGACAGAGACCUGCUGUGCUGUGAUUCUUAAGGAGGUGGUCACAGAGAAAUUCUGCUCGUUGCUACGACACCGCGUUUAGAGUCCUGGAAUCUGGAGGCUCGACUCCCUAAGAAUAAGCCAGGAAUGGGGGGGCAUGUCGCAGGAGUGAGAGGUGGCCUUUGGAACCAGUUUAUAUUUGUUUCCUCCCAAAGGGGAGCAGCUUUCAAGUCCAAUAUUUACGCAUUGUUUAUCCCAUUUUUCUGCAUUUUUAAUAAUGGAAUGAACUAAAAUAAUAGGGACAAAAGAACGGUAGAACUGCACCGGCAGCGAGAAGACUUGGAAAAGAAACAGAAGCACCUCUCCCUGUCUGAGCUUUCACGUUCCCCGUCAGGUGGUCAGACCGGCAGCCAUUUCAAAUCCCAUUCUAUUCCAUUGCAACUUCUUGGCUAAAUUUAGUUUUCUCUGGGGGCAAGAUCUCACAAAGAAUGUUCUUCAAGUCUUUGUGUCCAUAUGGAUCAUUGAAACUGCUGUUUUGUCAUAACCGCUACUUAGGAGCCUGGGUUUGGGAUGUCAUGCAUGUGGUCCAGUCUAGUGUUGGUAGCAUGGCAGAAAGCGCGGGAAAUGCCGCAGUUUGUCACCUUGAAAUGUGCUCUAAGAGAAAGCCUUGGUUUUUUUGGUAGGAGAUGAUUUUCCCAAACCAGCAAAUCUACCAAGUAAAUUUUAUCCAUUUUAACCUCAUUAUAAACGUAGUAGAAUCCCGCAACUUACAACUCUAUUUGUGUGGCUUGGCCAAAUUUACUAUACUAUUAUGCAGCUCUGAAUUUACCUUGAUGAGUCAAAUUGCUUUUACGACUUAUUAAAUCAAAGACAAAAUACAGCGAAACUUCCUGGAAUAGUCUAUCUGAAAUGGAGACAGGAUCCUUUAUUUAUUCUCUCAUCAGAUUAGUGAGCUUUUCACCAAUAUUUUGUGUAAGAAAUAAAUUCAACUUUUAUUUUCUCUAAGGAUAGUUAUAGAAAUCCAAAGAGUUAAUCAAAAUACGUUCAAAAUAAUUUUUAGUGAUAAAAGCGUGUUGUAAUUAAUCGUAUUACACAAAAUUUGGGAUAUAGCUAAGGGACUUUCUCUUAGCAUCAGUAGAUUUUGCAGAAAGAACUUAAAUUUUAUCAAGAACUAUAUUAUAAGAUAAAUAUCUAACACUUAUAAAUCUUCUGUCCCUUGAAUUUAUGUCACAGUGCAAGACACUUUUUCUUCUUUACAUUUAAUACAAACAGCUUCCAUUGAGAAUAAAAGUUGGGAGUAGUAUAAUUAGGCUAAUAUUUGCUCUGAAUUUGAAGCUUUCCGGAAACAAAUGUCUGUGCAAGAAGCCCACCUUGGAAUUCUGAAGACUUAUUCCCUUACUUUGGUAGCUUUUCUUUUUAAACUUUUAUGAGCAUGCAGUAGGUUUACAUUGGGAACAGAUUUAAUAAAUUAAUGUAAUUUAUUGCUUUCCAAGGGGGAUCAUCAUAUGCCACAACUCGUCAGACAGAGCUUACAGUGCGGCCCGUCGUCAGUAUUGAUAGCCACCCCGAGACUUCCCUAUAUUCAUAGAAGACGGGGGUGUGGAGCCAGUUGCAUUAUUUAAGUCUUUAAGAGAGUUACGUUUUAGCACAUAUUUUGAAAUUGUAAUAUCUUCUACUACUUGAACAAUUAAAAUUUUUAAAGGAGAAGGGUAGAUGACUAUAGCUUCAGAAGAGAAAGGGAAAGUAUUUGGUUCUCAGAAAAAGUGAAGAGCUCGAGCUGGCAAGGACCCAGAGCAGCUAUGUAGAUGGCAACGAAGCCUCCUUCGCUUUGUUUAGAAAAUGCAGAGUAAAGGGGCCUUCUUGGUUCCCAGGAGCUUCUCAAGGAGUGAGAAGACAGAAGCCCCACUCCUGAGUGCUCUGUCGCUUUCUCAGAUGACUGGAGCUUGCGAGGAGGGAGACAUGGACAAACAGGACCCGUUCCGGAACAAGUAAAGACUGACAGGGACAGUGGGCGGGUCUUCACCACCCACCCACCCGCCUGCCUGCCUGUGAUGAUGAGAAGACUAGAACUUAGAACAAUGCUUCCAUUUUCUCCUUCUGAAUACCAAAGGCGAUUAAAGUCAGCUACAAAUGA